CAUUUUCUCUACGCGAUACUUACCCCUUCCAUGUCAAUGAUUACACCAUACCAAUCGGUCUACUCAUCAGAAGAAACAGACUCAUUUCCGUGUACACAUUUCUCCAGACGAUGCUUUGCUGAAGGUCCAUGGCGGCUUCAGCAUGGCACAACGCUGUAAACACAGCAAACACGACCUCGUCCUACGCGUCUCUACCCAAUGGAUCUUGCAAUUUUCGCCCACUCAGCACCGGCUCUCAAGCCCCGACCUGCGGUUGUCGUAGAUUUUGGCUCGAUAAGCCGCUAGAUAGUCAAAAUGGAUCCUCCGUACUCUGCGCAUGCGGCCACCACGCGUGCUUUCACGACGUUACAGUCGAUUCCGUUCCACCUCCUAGCUUGAUGCGACACAGUAGUGCUCCUUCUGUACCUUCAAAUCCCGAUCGCAAUACUAGUCUACUAGUCGGCCCCCCGAUCGAACAAUUCGGUAUUCCUCCACAAGACAAGAGCAGACACGAUCGGACAGGACAAUUAGAGGUUGCGCCGUUGUCGAACGAUGUUUGGGGACGGUUGAACAACUUCGCGCGAUGGCAACAAGAUCCAGCCUGGAUUCCAUCUACUGCACCGGCCAGUGUUCUGUCUUAUGAGCCACAGACUGAGCGCCCGAGUGCGCCGAGCGAGCCAUCGCCAGUCAAAAGUACGACAUCGAAUGAACGGCGAUAUGCGUCUCUAUUCCCGAACAUGGAUGGCUUGAUGGCCAGUCCGACUGUCCAAGGAACACCGACCGCAACCGAUUACAUACCCGAUUCACUACAAGUGGAUGUGCCGUUGAACACUCACCACGACGAAAGAGCAAACCAUUCAACACAAAGCCAACCGGCGAAACCAGUGGAACCAGAUGCAUCACAACGAGAGACAAAAGACGCCAAACCAUGUCUAGAGGUCACUAAAUUCGUAGACAGCAAACCGCAAGAAACACCGAGUACGCCGACCAAGACCAUCACUCCAGAUGUACACAACAUAUUGCAAAGCUGUGUACGGCGAUUGGAAUCACUGGAGACCUACUCUUUCUCGCACGUCCCUCUCGAUGAAGUUCAAGAAAAGUUUGAGCUGUUUGACGGCCGACUAUUGGAGCUGGAAUACUGGAAGAAGGACAUUGACGCUCGACUUGAGAAAUCUCACCUAGCUCUCGAGGACAAAGACUCGCAAGCUUCGACAUCUUUUCAAGAUCUUCAAACCUAUGCCGGCAGCAAAGCAUUAUUCUCACGUGUCUCUGAAGUGGAGGACCGUCUGGCAGACUUGGAAAGCGCACAACCUUCGUACGCUAAUCCUUGGGAGAUUGAAGUUGUUCUUCUGCCUUUUGGCCGUACGUUGCAAGGUCUCUGGCAUACUUCAAGUGCUACCGAGUCAAAUCAGCUACCCAGCACACCUGCUGCUCAGUGCGACGAAGACAGAACGUCUGGUGGUCUACUUGCUUCGACAGGAACCAAAGGACCUGCAUGGACAGCAGAUACCAUCGAGGCUUGGGCGAGCACCAUCAACCCAUGGCUGUGGCCGAAAGCGCCUGGACCGAACAGCAACAUGUUUAAACGUCUCCAGAGUCGUGGGCUCGUUCGUAAUGUUAGUAUCGUGGAUACUGGUGCACAUGGCAUCUGGGAAUCGGUCAAAGACGCAUUUGCAGACUUUGUUGAGACACAGCCAUAUCACUGCUCAAACAACCAGCAGCAACCUUAUGAGGCGCUAAAAGAGGCAUUUGUACCCCUACGAAAGAUCAAGAAGUCUUCGUGGCUUCGAUACCUGGAAACACACGAAUUGAUCACUCCGGCUACAUGGGACAUCUCAUUUCUGGACUCGGGAGUCUUCAUGAACGGUAGAGGUGGUCGCAAACGACUGUAUAUGACCACUGCAGAUGGCUAUAUUCAACCAGGAAAGACUGGCUGGACAUGGCAGCAAAUCCGCGACCUACCCAGAUAUGAGAACUUGAUAGCGAGAUCUGGGACACUAUUCAGCAGAGAAGCACCCUCGGAGCCUUUCUGGAAACACGUGCCUGCUCUUGACGAUGCGCCUAGCUUCUCAUCAUUCGUCUCACAGCACAGUAAUAUUUCUCUCGGCAAACGUCGAAGCUCUAACGUCACAUUUGAAGAUCAUGAGAUGGAGAGUCCAUCCGCCAAGUCAUAUACUUCGAGUUCAUCCGGAGAUACCAUCACUCCUCGAUACUCAGAGUCUUUCCCUAUCAUCGCGAAGAGAACCUCCGAUUCCAAACGACGGACAAGCCCAUCCUGUACACCAGUCGCCUACCAAAAACGUCGCCGAAUCUCUGGCUCUCCCAGCAGAUACCGAGGAGGGUUGGAAGAGUUGACACCAAGAUGGUCACACGAGCCGCCAACACCUUUGGUGGACAAUAUCUGGGAGACACGCAGUCAGUGCAGACCAGGAUCAAGCAGAAAGAGGCUCAGCACACCCACAGCAUAUGCCACACCACACAGUCAUAACGUUGCUAACGUCGUCGACCUUGCCAUGGCGGAUGGCGGAGACACAGAAGUAGAGUCUGUGGGCUCUGGCGCAGCCGAUAGUGAAAAAGAAUGGGGAGGCCUGGAUGAGGACGAGGACAACAACGAGCAGCCGCAUCAAGCUUCACAGUCCAGUUUUACCGACAGUGAGUGGAUGGCAGAAAACGAUGAUUCAUUCUACCAAGAAGAAGAAGAUGCGGAUGACGGCGACAGCCUUUACGAGCCAUGAGGAAGGAGUAUUUGGAGUCUUUGUAUAUUUCGAGAUUAUUCUACAUAGCAAAGAGCGGAUUUGGAGUUCUUGGAAAGGGGAUAUAUAGCAUAUCAAAUCACAUCUCGGAGGCGUACACAUAAG